ACCAUAUGUACGCCACCUUCGUUCCAUUAUAGGGACUAGGAUCAGUCGUAGUCCACGCCUCCUUCCCUUUCUUUCAUUUUCUCCUCUUUCUUUCUUUACAAGAAAAGUAGGCCAAAAAAAAAAGAAAAUCUCCAGAACCCACGCCUGCUUAAUCCCAUAUAUGAUCGAAGAAAGAAAAGAGCACAGGGAAACUUGAUUUCUGGAAAGAAGAAUGCUUGAAUGGGAACGUCUUCUGCUGGUGGUGUUGUCUGUUAUUGCCAUAGCCAUAAUUCUCAUUGUGUUGAUCAGGCGAUGUUCUAGUUGCAGACAAGGUAAAGGCGUUGUUGAAACGACGAUUACUAGGACAGAGAGCUUGCAAGACGGGAUUACAAAGCUUCAUCAAGGGAUUCUUCACCAUCAGCUUGAAUUAGACUGCAAAAGAAAAGGAAAUUAUUAUGUCUUCCAACGUGGAGUUUCAACAAGACCUUUGUUCAACUGGAUUGAUCAUCCGUCGCUUAUUACAGACGCAGUUGAAAAUGGAUGGUAUAGAUUUGGCUUCACAGGUCAUAUGUCGUCUCCAUCAACGAGAUCAUCCCUCUUGGGUUUCUGUGCGGUUGGCGAUAAUGGAAGGAUAGGGGAGCCGGAGAUAAGCUGGGAAGUGUGUCAAGGAUCAGCUGAUUUCAUGCAGAAGAUAAGAUUAAAUUCUGGGUUAAAGAAGGUUAAUGCAAGUAAUUCUUCUAUGUCUGCUUCUUCUGUAAUUAGAACCGAUUUGCCUUUACCAGGGCCUCCCUUGGGGAAUUCAGCUUUUCCACAAGAAGCCUACUUUGAGAUCACAAUUUUGUAUUCUCAAGGUGAGGAUCAUGACGAGUCCAUCAACAAAGAUAAGGAAGGCGAGAAGAUUAAACUUAUCCAAGAAAAUUCUAACCAGAAACUGAAUUCAGAAUCUUUAGUACAUGUUAGCAGCAGCCAUCAAUUCAACAAGAUUGAAGAACUGAAGCUCGCUGGUAAAGAUGAUAAAAAGGAAGAAGCAAUUAUGUUAUCUGUAGGGCUCAGUACUGGAGGUUCUCUUCCUCUGAAACUUCCUGGAAGCUAUCCAGGUUCCAUAGGAUUCAACUCCAAUGGUUCAGUCUACCUCGAAGGAACAAAAUUGGUCUUUGAAUCGGACAGAGGAGAAUGGACAAGAAGAGACAAAGUAAUUGGCUGUGGAUUCGAUCCAAGGCAAAAGAAAGUAUUUUUCACAUUAGAUGCAGAGCUGGUACAUGUAAUUCAUUGCAAGUCGGAGGAAUUUGGGACACCAUUAUACCCAACAAUAGCAGCCAACAAUGAGAUAUUAGUUCUAGUGAAUUUUGGACAAAGCGCUUUCAGUUAUGCGGCGGCGAAUGCUCAACGAACACCUAAUCCUUGCUUCAUUGGCCCUCUUGUAAAUUCCCCUGCUUUGGGCUAUGAAGAUAGCAAAGAACUCUUCUCAAUGGGAAGAAUAGAUUCUCAAUGGCUUAACAGAUGUACAGCUAGAGCUACCCACAGCAGCAAUGGUUCUAAUAACCGGGUAGUUGAUUUUGAUGAAGAAUCUGAUGCUGAUUUGUUUGAGAUUGUCUUGGAUGGUUCUGGAAUUGGAAGAUCUCCAAACAGGUAGCUACAGGAAACAAGCAUCGCCAACAAUAUUCUGCGUCGGUGUUUACUGUUUCUGUUUUGUGUGGCCCGAGCGAGUGGCUUGGAUUUGUCUUCUUCUGUAGUUAACAUCAGAGAAAAUACGACAGAAUAUAAAUAAACAGGUAUUGUGCAGGACCAUUCUUUACUGAGUUUUCUCAUUUGGGGCUAUUACAUAUAAGGAAUCAAAUCAACGGUACAGGUUUAGAAUAUCAGUAGCAAUUUGUAUCAAGUUAAAUUUCCUUAAAUUUAAAGAAAAAUUACUAUUUAAUCUUUAUAGAAAAAUUUAAUCAAUACAAAGACGAUUAGAAGCAAAUAAUAGCGAAGGUCUAACUAAAACUCCCUUGCUUGGAGCCAUUUGUGUGUCUGGUCACAGGUUGGUGGGGUAUGGCAUGGCAGCUUGUAGGGUAGGAGCAUCAGGUUUUUGUUUCUAGUAGCUAUUAUUUGAGAACAAAAUAAUUUGUGGGGUAUAUCUUUUAUUGCAAGAAUGUUUAACUGAUAAAUAUAUUUUUUUCUUUUUUCAAAUUGAUAUUAU